AAUUAAAUGAAAAUGAUUACUCAAUCAACUGUCUAAAUUUCUCUUGAAUUUCCUGGAAAAUGGGUCGUUAAUAAUUAUAUGCGUAAUGUAUUCUUACUCACGGUAUUAAGUUGAUCGAACUUAGCUGUGAUAUCCUCUUUACCUUGUGAAGGUGAUUCAAACUUCAUCUGUGAAAGUUUGAACAUAACAUCAGAAACACCUUCUUUGAUGUUGUUGUAUGUUAAGUCACCAUCAGCGAUUGCAUUUUGCGCUUGUUCAUUGAAAGUGAUAAAGUUGUUAAGCAUACCAGCAGUCUUGUAGAAUGGACAAAAGCGAUCGUAUUCACUCAUACCAUUUUGUUGGAGGAAAUCAUCCUUCAACAUUCUUGCUAAUUCUAAUGUAACCUUGUCAUUUUCACCUAAUGCACUUUUACCAACGAGUUGUACGAUUUCUGCUAAAUCUUCUUCUUUUUGUAGGAUUGACUUUGCUUUUGAACGUAAAUCUAUAAAUCCUGGUGCGUUUUCUUCGUAGUAUGGCUCAAGGACGUUCGUGUAUUUUGAGUAGGAGAGGUUCCAGUUAACAGAUGGGAAAUGCUUUCUUUGAGCAAGCUUCUUGUCCAAACCCCAGAAAACCUGGACAAUACCGAGUGUAGAUGAAGUAACAGGAUCUGAGAAGUCACCACCUGGGGGAGAGACGGCACCGACGAUAGAAACUGAACCUUCACGGUUUGGUGAUCCAAGAGUGCUUACGCGACCUGCUCUUUCGUAGAAGGAGGCUAAUUUACCACCAAGGUAGGCAGGGUAACCACUAUUAUAGUUGUUAGAUUGUAAUAUCAUAGGUAAUUUUACCUACGAGUCAGCAGGCAUUUCAGCCAAUCUACCAGAAAUUUCACGCAAGGCUUCUGCCCAACGGGAGGUAGAGUCUGCCAUCAUGGCAACGUUCUUACCCUGAUCUCUAAAGUAUUCAGAAAUUGUAAUACCAGUGUAGAUGGACGCUUCACGUGCUGCUACCGGCAUAUUUGAUGUGUUUGCGACAAGUGCAGUACGUUUCAUAAUAGGUUCUUCACGACCAUUUACUUCAAUAGUGAGUUCAGGGAAUUCAAGCAAUACUUCAGCCAUUUCGUUACCACGUUCACCGCAUCCAACGUAAACGAUGAUGUCAGAGUUAGAGAACUUCGAGAGAGCUUGUGAGAUAACAGUUUUACCACAACCGAAAGCACCAGGAAUAGAAGUUGUACCACCUUGAACACACGGGAACAGACUGUCGAGAAUACGCUGACCGGUGAGAAGUGGGUAGUUUGCGGUGAGCUUCUCAGUGACUGGACGUGGAGCUCUGACUGGCCAGAGUUGUGCCAUUGUGUGAUUGGAUUUUUUGCCUUCAAAUUCAGUUUCAAGGACGACAUCAUCAACGUUGUAAGCACCCUUUUCUGCGAUAUGAGUGACAGUACCAAGAGCGCGUGGGUUGAGCAUCAUUUUAUGAUCAUUAAGGAGUGAAUUCUCGUAUACGCUACCGAAAAUAUCACCACCAGAUAAGUGAUCGCCGAUUGCGACAGAAGGGUUGAAGUCCCACUGGAUGGAUCUAUCGAGUGCAUCUGUGUUGAUACCUCUAGGGAUAUAGAUUGAUUGAGAUUUCUCUCUAAUACCCUUCAAAGGACGCUGUAUACCGUCAUAAAUAUUGGACAUCAAACCAGGACCAAGUUCGACUGAUAAUGGCUUUCCAGUGCGGAGUACGGGAUCACCAACGGUUAAACCUGAAGUUUCCUCGUAGACCUGCGCUAUAGCUAACUUCCCUUCUAUUCUGAUAACUUCACCAAUGAGCUCGUCAUGGCCUACUCUAAUCAGUUCGUACAUAGCCACGCCAUCCAAACCUUGUGCUACAACAACGGGACCAGAUACACCGUAUACACUACCCAGAUUAGACUCUCGUUCUUCGUCAGAUAUUUUCUUCAAAUUUCUAGUCAUCGUGGUUAGAGUUUAAGAUAAACGGUCAAAUGCCAAAAACGCAUUCAAUACAUUACCCGCUAUCUGGAUUGUUUGCUCUUAACAAGCCAUCCGGUAUCACUUCUAUGGCUUUGCUAGAUUCCUUGAAGCCUUUAUUUGGAUACUCGCAAUUGUUUAAACCGCACGAAGAUGCUCCUCCGCCUCUACCAUCUGAUAAGAAGAAGAAAGGAAACAAAUGGCGUAAGUCUAGAGGCGGUGGUGCACGAGGAGUGGGUGGUUAUGCAGUCAAAGUUGGUCAGGGUGGUACAUUAGACCCAUUAGCAGACGGUGUACUCGUCGUCGGUCUCAACAAGGGUACAAAGAAGCUCGCAGAUCUAUUAAACUGCUCGAAAGAGUACACAACAAUUGGCUUACUCGGUUGUGAGACAGACUCUUACGAUUCAGAAGGCGCAGUAGUAUCAAAAUCACGCUGGCAGCAUAUAACAAAAAGCGAUAUAGAGGAUGCAUUAGAGGGUUUUAGAGGUGAAAUAGACCAAUUACCACCAAUCUUUUCGGCGAUCAAAAUUGAAGGAAAGAGAUUGUUUGAGUAUGCCAGAGCUGGAGAGACUCCACCUAAACCAGUAGAGAAGAGGAAGUGCACCAUACAUUCUCUUACAUUAGAGGAAUUUAUCCCUGGAGACAAGCACGCGUUUAGAUAUCCAAUGAAAGAGCUUAGCAGUGAGGAUAAAGAAGCAGCUCAGAAAGCACAGGAGUUUGUUGCUAGUGGGACUGACGACAAGAGUGAAGAGAAAGCAGAUGAUGAAAAGGUCGACAAGGUACUGGAAGGAAGUGAGGAACCACAAGAGGAACCAAGUGAGCAAGCCGAUAAGGAGGUACGUCCACCGACAGCUUUCAAGCUCCGGAUGACAGUCUCUGGUGGCACGUAUGUGAGAUCAAUUGUCCACGACCUCGGACAAGCGCUCGGUUCAUCAGCACACGUUGUCGAACUCACAAGAACACGUCAAGGGGAAUUUGCACUUGCAAAUGCAUCGACAGAAGAUGGUGGCGUCUCAACUGGUAGUAACGUUCUCGACUGGAGUGUUUUCGAAAAAGCCCUCGCUGAGAAAAGCGAUGAAUACAAAGAAGGCGAGCUCCAGGAGUGGGAACAAGACCUCAUGCGGGUUAUUAGAACGGAUAUAUAGAAUGUAAAAAUUAUACAUAUUAAUUUAUUCAGUCG